AUGGACACGGAGGAGGGUGAGUUCCUCAUCUGCGGCAACGGCGGCUCGCCCGAGGACGCGGCCUUCGAUACUGUUGUCGGUGUUAUCGAAGACUUCAUGAUUUCGUUGGACUUGGAGAAAAUGUGGCAGUCAGUGCCACCCCUGCACACCAUCUCGGACGAGCACGAGCAGCAUACAGUGUACAGAUCCUUCGUGGAGAAGGUGGAUCAGGAACUUGACGCGCACGUGCUUGCCGCGUGUCCAGUGUAUAAGUCGAUCGACGAAGUUGUGGCGCUGCUGCAGAGGCGCCACGAGGACAUCACCGAAGAGGUGUGGGCGUUUGUGAGUGAGGGCUGCUUUGGCUACGAAGCGUUUGUAGAGCAAUGGAAAGAGAAACGGCCGUAG